GCGCGCUCAGUCAGCGUCGCGAGAAGGGGAAGUCGCCGUAGUCGCCGCCGCCGCCGGACCCCAGUCCCCCACAAUCCCGCCCGCCGCGUCGCCAUGGCCUGCCGGCCGCGAAGUCCCCACGGGUGCGGGAGCCGCCGCGACGGCGACGCCAGCCCGCCGCCCGCCUCAAGAUGGAGCCUCGGACGCAAACGCACGGCUGACGGGAGGCGCCGGAAGCCGGAGGACGCCGAGGGCCCCUCGAGGCCGCCGGGCGACCGCAGACCCGACAGCUUUACCACUCCCGAAGGCCCUAAGCCCCGUUCUAGAUGUUCAGACUGGGCAAGUGCAGUCGAAGAAGAUGAAAUGAGGACUAGAGUUAACAAAGAAAUUGCAAGAUAUAAAAGGAAACUCCUCAUAAAUGACUUUGGAAGAGAGAGAAAAUCAUCAUCAGGAAGUUCGGAUUCGAAGGAGUCUAUGUCAGCAUUGCCAGCCGACUUAGAGACCGAUGAAAGUGUCCUGAUGAGGAGACAGAAGCAGAUCAACUAUGGGAAGAACACCAUUGCCUACGAUCGCUAUAUUAAAGAAGUCCCAAGGCACCUUCGACAGCCUGGCAUUCAUCCCAAAACCCCCAACAAAUUCAAGAAGUAUAGUCGACGAUCGUGGGACCAGCAGAUCAAACUCUGGAAGGUGGCUCUGCAUUUUUGGGAUCCUCCAGCGGAAGAAGGAUGUGAUUUGCAAGAAAUGGAGCAGAGGAGAUGCGUGUCAGCGCUCACGGGCAGCGAGGCCGUGGUGGCGUUUGCCUUCUCCUGGCUCUGUUCCGCGGUGACUGACGUGCUUGUUCUGACCGCACAGACGUCCUGUAGACCUCGGGGAGAUGGAGACGGAAUCUGCGGAGAGCAGCUCUGAGUCCCGGACGAGCUCUCAGGAUAACUUUGACAUGUACUGUGGCACCCCUACGAAAGUUAGGCACGUGGACUGCCAUGCGGGGGAUGAAUUUGACUUGGAAGCCUGUUUAACUGAACCCUUGAAAGACUUCUCAGCCAUGAGCUAACCGGCGCCACCUGGAGGCCCCUGGGAGCAGCGCUGCCUCCCCGGGCGGGUGGCCCACCAAGCAUGCGUCCUGCCUUUGUAACUGGGGGUUUCUGUCACAGUGUACAGUCUCUUGGUGAAUUGAUGUUCUUGCCUUAUUUUCUUAAGAAACGUUAAUUUUGUGUAUAGGGAAUGCAUUUUGCAUGUUUUAAAUUGUAAAUGGAACUAAAUCCGAGGAAAAUUGAACUCGAGGCAAUCUUGCAACAAUCUUAAUUGCUUAAUCUCCGCAUCCUUGAAGUUAACCUGACAAGUGUGCCGUAACUGGUUUUCCACAAGUUUUUUAGGCGUUAAUUGCUGCUUGUCAGAGGGCUGGUUUGGGUUUAAGCGUAUGUUCACGGGGCUUUCUUUACUGGUAUCUGGCCGAGUGUUCUCAUAAUCAGAUACCUUUAAUAUCUAUGGAAAGCGUUAGGGUUUGGGCCGUUUGUCAGUAUGUCAAGAUGGGUUUUUUUCCUCGUACAGAGCACUGAAUAGUCAGAUAUUAAAUUGAGCUGGUAGGUUAAUGGGGUUUAUGUAAGUUAUACGGUCUUAAUUAGGUACUUGUAAAUAGCACUCAGUAGCCCUUCUACCUAUAUUACUCCAAGAGUUAAGACAGCAGAAGGAUUUAGAAAGAACAUUUUUUUAUAGUCAGUUAAUUUACCGUGUACAAUUGCUGUAAAUGAUAAUGUGUACAGAUUUUCUGUUCAAAUAUUCAAUUGUAAACUUCUUGUUAAGACUAUUAUGUUUCUGUUGCUUUUGUAUGGAAUGACAUUGCAAAAAUAAAAAGGACCUUCUUUAACUGA